CUCUCUCGCUUCUUUGUCUUCUCUUCCCCACUCUUCUUUCUCUUGGCUUCCUCUGUACUUUCUUUCUCUCGAUUCUUGUGAUAUCAUGAAGAGGAGUGAACCACACACCAUUGGAGAGAAUUAAGUACUACAAAAACCAUCCUUCCUUCCUCUUCCAACUCUAUUCUGUACUGGGGACUAAUGCUGGAUUCUUUCUAGAUUCUAAAACAGAAUAAAGUCAAUCGGUUUCACCAACUGAAGCAGCUGGAUUGUAUUGUGUUUUGUGGGUUUCUCUUGUCUGUGUGUACAUGAUCAUGAGGUAUCAGAGGGUCAUCCCAGAUAGUCUACCAUUGAGCAAUGGAAGAAGAACACACUCAACUUCAACUCCGAGCUGGAAAACUAGCAAGGAAGACGAGGACAGAGCGGAAAGCAAUGGCCAUAUCACAACAAAAACAAGCUCCAACUUUGAAGGCAAGGGCCUAACAAGAUUUAGAUCUCCAUCUAAGGCCUCUCAAGACCACCAUAUUGGCAAUGGAAAUGGUAGUGCAAUUGGCGGUGAUGAAGCUGAAGUUCCUAAUUCUCCACCAACUGCUAGUAACAGCAGGAAUCAUCAAAAUCUUGACAGCAAUGGAGUGGUUGGGGGUGGUGGGAAUGAUAAUAAUACUUUUCUGCAGUGGGGGCAUAGAAAGAGGUCUAGGUGCUCUAGAGGCAUGGCAUUGACAGAUGACACAUCUUCAUCAACAUCAACUAUUCAGUCCACCAAGCUCCAAAGGAGAUUGGUGCCUCCUCACUCAUCAUCUUCCCCAAAUUCAAACGCAAAUACUAUGCCUCCACCUUCACUCCCUUCUUCCAAUGGGAUUUCCAGAGGAUCAAACCACAAAACUUCAUCCAAAAACACAAGCCCUUCUCCUGUCAGGCGGAAUAUGGAAGAGCGAUCGGGACUUGUUGGCAGCAAGUCUCCGCCAACCGGUAGUGGUGGUGGCGGUGGCAGCAGGGCUGUUGCAUCUAGAUCUAGAGGAGGGAAAAGGUCUCCUUCGCUUGAUAAAAAGACCCCUUGUCUGUCUUCUGCUUCGGCCAGGGAUGAGAAGAUGAAUGCCUGCUCCGUAGCAGCAGCACAGCAAGAGGAACAAAAUCAAGAAGCAGCUGCUGCUGCUGCUGCUGUUGCUGUCGGAGACGUAAAUCGUAUUGUCUCUCCUCCACGUCAAGCUGGUGGUUGCAGCAUCAAUGAUGAUAACAACCAUGACAAUACCAAUGCUCUUCGGACGGCGAAAAUCACGGCGGCAGCAGGAGGAGGAGGAGAAAGGUUGAAUAAUGGCGGUGGCAGUGAGGUGAAUGAGUGGCCUAGGAUUUACAUUCCACUUUCAAGAAAGGAAAAAGAGGAGGAUUUUCUAGCAAUGAAAGGGACCAAGCUUCCUCAGAGACCCAAAAAAAGGCCCAAAACUAUUGAUAGAAUACUCCAGUAUUGUUUUCCUGGGAUGUGGCUUUCUGACCUGACCAGAGGUCGAUAUGAAGUUAGGGAGAAAAAGUGCCCCAGAAAGCAGAAGCGAAGGGGACUGAAAGGAAUGGAGAGCCUGGAAAGCGAUUCCGAAUGAAAAAUUUCUUUAAACAUCAAUGGAGAUGAUGAAUGCCAAGUCAAGAGUCUCCAACCUCAUCACAUUUUUGCCUCUGCUUGCCGAGCCAAUGUUGGAAUAGCUCACCAUACAUUCCUUGGCUGCUGGGAUUCCUCCCAUCAGCAGGCAGACAAUACCAGGAUUUGAUGGAUGCAGACCAAUGAGCUCGGAUCAGAGAUUUCCACCCUGGACUUCACCAAAUUCUUGUUCUUGAUGAUCACUUGUAUUGAUAUACUCUAUUCUACGGCCGAUUUUGCUACCUAACUCAUUUGGCCAGCUACCCUAUAACUACCAGAGCAUGGUCCCAGGGGGGAAUAUAAGCCAGCUAUUUCGGUUUUGUUGUCACCAUCAUCAAACACUCUUAAUUUGUUUCUGUACAAAUCAGCUGCCUUGCCUUAUUUCUUCUUAUCUUGGUUUCUAUGUACCCUUAGAAUUGGUUCUUUCUAUCUAAAGACUCUACCCCAUUUUAUUGGUUCUUUCACAUUUUAAAACGAGAUUAACUUUCAUCUUUA